UGUCAUUCUUCAACGCUGACGCGUUACCUUUAUCGUGAGCUCGUCACAGUUGAACGUCAAGCUUGUGCUAUAACUGUCCAUCUAAAUUGCUCGAAUACUGUACAAGUCGAUGUCAAAAAAGUACCUACUACGCGUACGUGAAAGGAGCAGCAGCAGCAGCACAGGGUUGAGGAACUAAUGGCGGUAGGAGAAUCUCUGAUCUGCCCCAAAGGUAAGGUCGGCACUAAAGGCAAGAAGCAAAUCUACGAGGAGAAUGGGGCGACACUCAAGUUCUACACCAGAGUAAUUUUGGGAGCCAACGCGAUAUACACUGCGUUAAACCUCUUGGUCUUCUAUAGCUCUUCAACGUUUUGGACAUGGUUUGCCCUGGUGUUUGCACUAGCAGUGUAUGUGGGCAGUUACCGCUCCAUGACUGCCAUGGCCAAAGCAGUGUUUGGUGAGGAUGGGAGUUUGCUGGACGGAGGAAUAGAUCUGAACAUGGAGCAGGGGAUGGCAGAGCAUCUGAAGGAUGUUAUCCUGCUAACUGCCAUAUUACAAGUGCUCAGCACCAUCUCCUCCUGGUUCUGGUAUCUUUGGCUGCUGGCCCCGGCCCGUGCAAUGUUCCUGCUGUGGGUGAACUUCCUAGGCCCCUGGUUUUCGGCCGAGACCCCUGGUGCCGCCCCAGAGGAGGUGAAUGAGAAGAAGCAGAGACGACAGGAGCGCAGACAGAUGAAGAGGUUCUAGCUUGGCCGACUGCCGCGGUAUUUCUAUACACAGAAUGAGUCUAAAUACAGACAGCCAGGAACUCUACGGUUAAGUUAUUCAGGAGGAACUUUUGACGUGUGCCCAAAGACAUCCAGGUAUGGAUAAAGAACUGAACCGGACCCUGUGGGUUAUCUGGUUUCCCUUUUUCGCCCCAUCCCUCAUCCUUCCCUUUCUUCCUCUCCCCUCUAGCCCUAUCCCUUUUUCUUUACAUCUGGAGAGGAAAUCGUCCUUGUUGGGCUGAUGACAUCAUCAUCACCACCAAUACGUGCUGUCAUAUACCUUGACCUGUCAUUUGUUUACAUUCAAUUGUUCAUAAUCUAGGUCUAUGUAUCGCAUCAAUUUCAUCUGAACUAGUGAAAAGGAUGUGGUGAUCUUACCCUAUGGCAGACAUUUUUAUUUUAGACACUGCUCAUCAGCUCACACACUCAUGCCCAAUUCCAAAUAGACAACUAGCAACAACCACCUAGGUGUUAAUCUAGA